UCUUAGAUUGCGACGUCAUCUGAGAAUCUUUUCUGCGAUUGAGUGACUUUCCCGGGAAAAUGCCUUUUUAAUCUCCUGAUUUUCCUGGUGUGAUAUUCUCCUUAGUUGUGUUGACUGGUCUGAUAAUAAACUUUUGAAACUCCAGUUGUUGUCAUUGUACUGUAUUUCCAAAGUUAUGUGUUCACUUGCAAUUUGUGUUCUUGAAUAUAGGAACAUGAGAAGAACCAAGCUUGGUCAGAUGAAAGCCCUGUCUAAUCCAAUCUUCUAUUUUCACAAUGGUGACCAGAUGCCAAUAAUCACAACAUUUUUAUCUUGUUAGGUCCUUUCGGGAUGUGGCGUUUAUGAUGGUACUGAAAUCCAUGAAGCUUCUGCCAUAUUGGUCCAUUUGAGCCGUGAGGGAGCUGACGUUCAGAUGUAUGCCCCAAAUAUUUCUCAGAUGCAUGUUAUUGACCAUAGCAAGGGACAGCCAGCUGAAGGGGAAUCCAGAAACGUCUUGGCAGAAUCAGCAAGGAUUGCUCGUGGUAAAAUUGCAGACUUGAAUAAACUUACUGCAAAUGAUCAUGAUGCUGUGAUAUUCCCUGGAGGAUUUGGAGCUGCCAAAAACCUGUCUACCUUUGCUGUGGAUGGGAAGGAUUGUAAAGUGAAUGGAGAUGUGGAACGUGUAUUAAAGGAUUUCCACAAAGCUGGAAAGCCCAUUGGUCUGUGUUGCAUUUCACCAGUCCUGGCUGCAAAGGUUCUUCCUGGUACGGAAGUCACUGUAGGACAUGAAGAAGAGCAAGGUGGUAAAUGGCCUUAUGCUGGAACUGCUGGGGCCAUAAAAGCACUGGGAGGAAAACACCAUGUUAAAGAAGUAACAGAAGCCCAUGUGGACACAAAGCACAAGGUGGUAACUACCCCAGCCUUUAUGUGUGAAACUGACUUACAUCACAUCUUUGAUGGUAUUGGGGCUAUGGUAAAAAAUGUCUUGAAGCUGGCAGGAAAAUGAAAUGGAUGCCCUUAGUAGCAAUAACAAUGGUCUUUUGGAAGACUGAAGUCCAAACAACACUCAAGUGACAUGGUGUACUUUGGAAUGCAUUGGACUGUCUUGUUUAAUUUCCAACACUGGAACAACUAAGGCUUGUUGAAUCAUGCCAUGCAUAACAGACAAGUUAUACAGUCAACGACAUGUCUGUUCCUCUGGAGAAGUUUCCUGCAUACAAAUCUCUUAAUUGAUAAUGACUCCAUUAAGCAAUUUAAAUGAAUAGUAUAAUCUCUAAAAAUUAUCCUAAUCAUUUAUCAUGUUUUUAUCAAGAUUACUGUUGUAAAGCUGAGCAGCUGUCUGGUCCCAAUAGUAUUAGCGUGGAAGUUGUAACAAUGAUAUACACAACUUAGUGACCUUAACAUUUUUGAACUUGGAUUUUUGGAUUUACUUUGUGCUGUACUCUCCAGUAAAUUGGGUGUGGGACUGAAGAACAGCAGAAUUAUUAAUCUGCAUCUUUCUGUGAAAUAUAUGGACAGCCACUACAUUUUUGGGCUGGGCAUAUAUCUCCAGUCUAAAUAACGAGAAGAAGGAUUCUGAUAUUGUAAAUUAUGACAGGCACAGCAUAAUACAAAAUGUGUUGCAAAAUCCCUUGGUAACAAUAGCAGCUCUCAGAAUUCAGCACAAAAAUAAAAUAAUGAAUUCCUGAUAA